CGGCGGACCCAUCAGUUUUCGUUCAGUUCGUCGCAAGCAAAGUCAUAUAUAAAAAUGUUUCUCGCCAAGAUUCUAAUCCUGUGCACCGCCUGCGUGUUGGUCAGUGCCACGCCGUUUGGACUCGGUGCACCAAAAGUCCUCGAAGGCGAGGAUCUGGCCAGUGCCCAGCAAACGCUUGAGGCAUCCUUGACCAAAUUGGCUGCUGGCGAAGGACCCCACUAUCGCCUCUCCAAAAUUCUUUCGGCAACGUCCCAGGUGGUCUCUGGCUUUAAGAAUGAUUACUCUGUGGAGCUGAUCGAUAAUCAGGGUGCUACCAAGGUGUGCCAAGUGGACAUCUGGUCGCAAAGCUGGCUUCCCAAUGGUAUCCAGGUGACCUUCAGGUGCCCAAAUGAACCAGAACUGGUCAGGAAACACGAUGCUUAAAUAAACAUUAUUUUUCAAUUCAAUUGUAAAGCUUUUACUUUUUUGUUUUUUUUUUUUUUAACUUUACAUAUUGGCAAACAUAAAUCAAGAAAUUUGACUUUUGGUCAAUUGAUAACCGG